UAAAAACCAAUAAAACCAUUUAAAUCAAGAAAAUCUAUGAAGGACCAUGUGUGCUAUUAUAAGUGCAAGAUCUUGACAUCAAGAGGAACGCAUUUUCCAGUAUAAAAAAAGAUGGCUUGUGGUUCUUUAAUCUGGAGGUUACUUAUGUUUGGAUGCAGCAUACAAGUAUUGUUAGCUGCAUCCAAAGAUGAUCCAUUGGAAUAUAUGAGCAAGGAAGAACGAGAUUCAUUAAAGGAAGAAGCCAGAGAUAUGUUCUAUCAUGCAUACAAUGCUUACAUGGAUAAUGCAUAUCCUGCUGAUGAAUUGAUGCCGUUGAGUUGUAAGGGACGAUACAGAGGAUCAGAACCAAAUAGAGGUGACAUAGAUUCCACAUUGGGAAAUUUUUCACUUACAUUGGUGGAUACAUUAGACACACUUGUGGUGUUGGGAGAUUUAGAAGAAUUUGAAAAUGCAGUUAAAGUUGUUGCCAGAGAUGUUAGUUUUGACACGGAUGUUAUUGUUUCUUUGUUCGAGACUAAUAUUAGAAUGCUUGGAGGUCUUCUAAGUGGCCACAUACUAGCAGAAUAUUUGCAACAAAGAGCCGAUAUAAUGCCAUGGUAUCGAGGUGAACUUUUAAAUUUAGCAAAAGAUUUAGGAUACAGAUUUUUACCUGCAUUCAACACAACAACAGGAAUACCAUAUGGCAGAAUAAACUUGAAAUAUGGUAUGAAAGGCGUACCUCUGGAAGUGUCAAGAGAAACAUGUACAGCCUGUGCGGGUAGCAUGAUUUUAGAAAUGGCAGCAUUGUCAAGGUUAACAGGAGAAUCAAUUUUCGAGGAGAAAGCACAAAAAGCAAUGGAUGUUUUAUGGAGAAUGCGUCACCGCGGCACUGAUUUAAUGGGUUCUGUAUUAAAUGUACAUUCUGGUGAUUGGGUACGAAGAGAUUCUGGAGUUGGAGCAGGCAUAGAUUCUUACUAUGAAUAUUGUCUUAAAGCAUAUAUUUUAUUAGGCGAUGAAAAGUAUUUGGGGCGGUUUAAUAAACACUAUCAAGCCGUAAUGAAGUAUGUAAGUCAAGGGCCGAUGUUGUUAGAUGUACAUAUGCACAGACCAAAUACAAACUCCAAAAAUUUCAUGGAUGCUUUGUUAGCUUUCUGGCCUGGUUUGCAGGUAUUGAAAGGCGACAUUAAACCUGCUGUUGAAACACAUGAAAUGCUGUAUCAAGUUAUGCAAAGGCAUAAUUUUAUACCAGAAGCAUUUACUACUGAUUUUCAGGUGCACUGGGGACAUCAUCCAUUAAGACCCGAGUUUCUAGAGUCGACAUACUUCCUGUAUCGUGCUACGGGUGAUCAUUAUUAUUUAGGAGUUGGACGUAAAGUACUGAAAAGUCUGCAAACUUACGCCAGAGUACCGUGCGGUUAUGCAGCUGUGUCGGAUGUUAGAACCAAUAAACAUGAUGAUACAAUGGAUAGUUUUGUAUUGUCAGAAACAUUCAAAUAUUUAUUUUUGUUAUUCGCGGAACCAGGCGAGUUGGUUUUAGAUUUGGAUGAAUUUAUUUUUACAACCGAGGGACAUCUAUUGCCAUUAACGCUUGCUUCCGUAAGAACUAAUGUUUCUUCACAAGAUUUUGAACGCGAUAUGGUGCACGUGGACGAAAUGGAUCGCACUUGUCCUAAUUCUCUACAUUUAUUUCCUGCAUCGGUGCGUUUACCUUUGCGAAAUAUGGUUGAAGAUGUAUGCCCAAGACGGGCAAUGAAAAGAAGGUUAAGUGCUGCACAAUUUCAGGCCAACAGCUUAGAGCAUUUGAAGCUGUUGAGUGAUAUGGGAAUAACAACAUUAACCUUAGCAGAUGGACGAGUUCAACUUUUACAUACCUUUUCUAACGCAAAAACACCACAAGACUCAGAAGAAGGUUUAUUAUUCAUGCAAGAAAUGGUAGAAAUAAGCAAACUGCAGUCCCAACAAGUGGAAACGAAACCGCAAGCAGUUACGUUCGUGAACCCAAAUACGAAUCCACCUCAAAAAAUUAUGUUAUUUGCCGGACCAGCACAUUUUGGUCCUGAAUUGCAAGGGUCGCAUAAAAUAACUGGGAAAGUUAUUUCUACAUAUCCACCUGCUGCCUGCACUGAUCUGCUUAACGUAGAGAAACUCGCAGGAAAGAUAGCAAUAAUGAAUCGUGGUAGUUGUAUGUUUAUAGAAAAGGCAAGGCGAAUUCAGCAGGCUGGUGCCAUUGCUGGAAUAGUACUAGAUAAUGUUGAAGGUUCUAACGCUGCAACGUCGCCUAUGUUUGCAAUGUCAGGGGAUGGAAAAGAAGUGGAUGAUGUAACUAUUCCAGUGGUAUUCUUGUUCAGCGUUGAAGCUUCGGAAUUACUAAAAGCUAUUGCAGCUGCUAAUGGUGAUCUCACAGUUACUCUUGGCACCUUCUAUCCAAAUGAAGAUGUUCAACUAAAAGCACCCACUGAUUUAUCAAUGUUCGAAAGAUUGAAGGGAUCAUUAAAAUCUUUCCUUACACAGCAAAUAACACCACAGACACCUGGAAGCAGUGGGUUAAAUUUGGAAAUGAUAUCCAAGCUCAAACACGAAGAAGAUGAAAAGGAUAUAGUCUAUUCUUCUGAUCUACGAGCAGAAAUUGUAAACGAUUGGCUUGGUGGAGAAGUAAAAAUCACGUCGUCAUACAAACAUACUCGUCUUGCGAAGAGUUCAGACGAUAGCACGACGUUAGUUGAAAAACAAUGGCGUCAAUUGAGAGAAGUCUUUGCCAACCAGAUAUAUACGGAUGGAAAUCAAAAUGCAGGCUUACAAAUUAGAAGUUUCAUAUUAGAAAGCUAUUGCAAUUGGAUACUACAGGCACGAGGUGGAACAGAUGUUUUAUUAAACAUGUCCUUAAAAAGUAAAGUUUUUUGGUUUUUAGAAGAAUUGGCUCAAGUUGCACCGAAUUCGUCCAUUAUAAAAAUGGACCAAUUGAUGAAAUCUAAUAGACAAAAGAUAUUAAAACAAUAUUUACUUGCAAAGAUGGAACGUAUGGUAUUGCAUAUGAACAGUCUCAGACCGACGCUGGUAUGGACAAAGUAUGGGCUUCCAAAUUCUGAACAGUUACUUCAGUUGACACAACUCAGUAUAGCGCAAGAUGGCGAUUACAAAUUUCUGAGACAGUUAUUGCCGGGUAUUUUUGACACGGAAGAUGAAAGUACGAAUAAGCGUCUUUUCGUGAUAGAUCAUUUUAGUAGAGAAAUGCAUAAAGAAUAUCUCGAAAUGUUAACUAAUAUACAGGAAAAAUAUUUGGAGAAAUCAAUAAUGGAACAUAAAAAUUCGUACCAUGAUGUAGUAAUUAAUAAUUGGCAAAGAGAUUUAAAGAAUUUUGAAAAACUGGACAUACUGAAGAAAAUUAUAGAACACGAUGCUACCAUUGAAGAAUUCAUAGCUGAUAGUACCGAAAGUAGUAAAAUGGAAACGAAAUUCAAAGAUGUUGCUAAAAUAUCUAAGAAACAUGAGGCUAUUGAGGUUGAAAAAUUAGAAGAUUUAAAAUAUUUUAUAAUAGCAGAAAUAGAAAAGGCUGACAAAAUUUCUGAACAAAAUAAUAUUCGAAAAUAUAAGGAUCACGUUAAAAAGUAUAAAAAACAUAUUGAUGUUUCAAAAGAUGCCGCAGAUAAUACAGGCAAAGAAGUAAUUAAUCCAAAUAAUGUCGUUUUAAAUGCUUCUUUGCAAAGUCAAAGUGAUACCGAAGAAUUGGAAGAGAGAAGAAAAUAUAUGGAGCUCCUGGAACAUUUUACUAAAAUUACAAAUUCUUUGGAAAAUAUACAAUCAAAUAACUUAGAUUUUUUAGAAAGUGUUAUCAACAACAAUAGCGCUGAAAAACAAGUGUAUGAAGAAUCUUCAUUAAACAAUGGCGCCGAUUUUCAGUUAAUCGGCACACAAAUAACUGCAUCAAAUGUAAAAACGAUAGUAAAAGAUAGAGAAGAUAUGACGUUAGAAAAGGUCGAAGAUGAAAGCACCCGCGUGCAUGAUAAUCAGAAAAAUAAAAUAGAUAUUGAGCAUUCCGUUAAUUUUAACGCGAACGAUAAUAAAAUUAUGUCCUCCAACUUACCUACAGAAUUAAAUGACAAUGUACGAACAACUGAAGAGGAGAAAAACAAACAUUCUGUUCAUAAUAAACAAGAGUCACUAAGUUCUUCACAUGUACAGGAAUACGGAAGUAAACAUAUCGAUGAUGAACUAUAAUAAAAGCUUGAAGUUUUAGGAUGAAUUAUAAAUAUUAAAAAAGAAAUGGAUAGAUUUCUAAAUGUUACAAGCCUGGCAAUCCUUACCACACAGCAUUUGAUAUUUUUGCACUAAAACUC